AUGACCUCAAAGGCCAUAGAGCAAGUAAAGCAUUCAAAAAACCGAGAUGCAUGUGCCCUUAGUGUUAUCCGUCUUGGCCUUUCAUCGAUCAUUGAUCUGUUCUCAGAAUUUCCAGAAGGCAUGAAAUUUGAAGACCCUCUUACAACUGACAUCAAAAAAAUCAUGGAGAUGCCAACUACUUCAACUCAAAUGGAGGAUAUGGUUUGCAAGAGAACUCGUCGAAAAAUUGAUCUAAGGAUUAUUUGUCGAGAGAAGGACAUCGAGCUUAGUCAUUCUGAAUGUGCACGAAUGAUCACGCGUAUCAAGAUCACUAAAGAUCGUAGCAAAUCUCUGAGGAUAAAUAAGCGUGUUCUUGACAAAUACCUUAUCAAUAAUCUAUCCGAGAAAGCAGUCAAAGAUUUCGUAAUAAUUGGGCUGCAAUUUGCUGAUAACAUAGAUUUAUUCGAUGAAGGACUGUACUUCAGCUUUGAAGGUCUCACGUUUGCAUUUUCAAAUCAACUCUGUAAUUUAUCUUCUCUGCAAGAAACGCUGGAGGCAUUAUAUUUCUUGAAA